GUGCUGUGAACAUCCCCGGGGCGAUGGUUGGGAUCGUGGUAGGUGGUGCCAUCCUGAAGCGGUUCCAGAUGUCCCUGAAGCAAUGCAGCGUCAUGUGCGUCCUCGGCAUGUUCCUCUGCCUGCUCAUGGCUUUUCCCCUCCUCUUCCUCGGCUGCCCCACGCAGAAGGUUGCGGGCGUUACCUACAGCGAGAGCUCUGAAUUGGGACACCACACCUUGGAGUGUAACCUCCAGUGCAACUGCCCUGAGAAAGCCUACAACCCCAUCUGCGGCUCUAACUCUAUCGAAUACAUCUCACCCUGUUCCGCCGGCUGCAGAGCCGUAAAUAUCGGUGCAGACAACAACUCAGUCCUGAACUACACCAACUGCAGCUGCAUCACUGAAAAUGGGGUUUGGGGAUCUGCCAAGCCUGGGACCUGUGGCACCGGCUGCUCCCACCUCUUCCUACCCUUUGUGGUCCUGUCCUGCCUGGCAGGGUUCCUCGCCAGCGUGUCCCACACGCCGUCCUUCAUGCUCAUCCUCAGGAGCAUCCAGCCUGAAGACAAAUCGUUUGCAGUUGGGAUACAGUUCAUGCUGCUGAGAGUUUUAGCGUGGAUGCCGGGGCCCGUUCUGUACGGCAGCGCCAUCGACACGACCUGCAUCCUCUGGGAGAAGAAGUGCGACAGGAAGGCAGCCUGCAGAUACUACGACAAUAACCUCUUCAGGCAAAGGUAUCUUGGGCUCCAGUUUUUCUUUGAGGUGGGUGCUUUCCUGUGCUUCCUGACCGUGUAUGUGAUUCUCAGGCGGCAGGAGAGGGAAGCCAGCAAUGCAGCAGAGACAAAGGCAGACCCAGAGAAGGAAAAGCUGGCAGGAAACUCCAUAAAGAACCCAGAAUCCAAAGUUUGACACCAAAAAUGUGAAUUGCGAUCUGUGUCCGGGGAAGUGAAGAUGUGGGAACCACCCCACUCUUGAACUGUGAAGGAUGGAUGCUCGGAGCGAUGGAUGAUGAUGAUGCUUCC